AUGGUUCAAUACGGUAGCAGCGAGGACAAAAAGAGGCUUUCCGAUCUGCGUCACGUUCAGAUGAUGAAGGAGGAGCAAGAUGUAAAGGAAAGAACAAGGAAAGAGGGGAAUAGCAUUGCGUGUCUCCGAAGAGGGCCGACAACCGAGAGAAAGGCGAGAGAGAGGAAGCUCUACUGCUACAUCAAAGGCAGCACGAGACCUGCCGUGAUGUUGAUCCAACUCAGCAUCUACUGGCGCAUCGAUAUGAACCACUGGCGACCCUCCACUAGUGGCCAGAGAUGGAAGAGAAGGGCAGACGCCGAGCCACUCACCGAGGAACGUCACCAUACCAAGGUUCAGUCCGGUGUCAAGCUUGGCCCAAAGUUGUAA